UCUGCUAGCGGCCUGGCCCUUUGUCGGGACGCGUUUCAAAUCAGUGCCGUGCAACAGCCUUGCAGCAGAGCCGAGCAGGUGCAGGUGCGCGCUGGUUCCUCCCCCGCUGGGAUAGUCAUGAGAGAGCAGAGGCAGCGGCCGGGACCGCUGCGCUGGCUGCGCCACCUGCUCGACGAGCUCCUGGUGCGCAUCCUCAGCCUGAGUAUUUUUUGCGUCAACGCCCCCGAGGGCAAGAGCUGUUCCGGAGAGGAGCUAGUACCGGUUGCCAAAUACUUGCCCAUUCCGAAAGUUCGUGGUCUGCCGCUGGUUGGGACGUUAAUGGAUCUAAUCGCCGCCGGAGGAGCCACGCAACUCCACAAAUAUAUCGAUGCCCGGCACAGACAAUAUGGACCCAUAUUCCGGGAGCGCUUGGGCGGCACUCAGGAUGCAGUGUUCGUGUCUUCGGCGAAUCUGAUGCGCGGAGUCUUUCUGCACGAGGGUCAGUAUCCGCAGCAUCCGCUGCCGGAUGCCUGGACGCUGUAUAACCAACAGCACGCCUGUCAACGUGGACUGUUCUUCAUGGAGGGCGCCGAGUGGCUGCACAACCGACGCAUACUUAAUCGCCUGCUGCUCAACGGCAAUUUGAAUUGGAUGGACGUGCAUAUUGAGAGCUGUACCAGACGGAUGGUGGAGCAGUGGCGAGCACGCACCACAGAGGUGACGGCACUGGAGCCGGCAGAGGCGGGUGGCGAGAAACGAUGCUAUGAACUGCCGCUGCUGGAACAGCAGCUCUAUCGUUGGUCUAUAGAAGUGCUUUGCUGCAUUAUGUUCGGCAACAGUGUGCUUACCUGCCCCAAGAUCCAGUCAUCGCUGGACUACUUCACUCAGAUUGUACACAAGGUUUUCGAGCAUAGCUCGCGACUGAUGACCUUCCCGCCUCGUCUGGCCCAGAUGCUGCGCCUGCGCAUCUGGCGCGACUUUGAGGCCAAUGUGGAGGAGGUAUUGCGCGAGGGCGCUGCCAUCAUUGAUCACUGCAUCGGCGUGCUGGAGCUGGACCAUCAGCAGCCGCACGAGGAGCCAGCACUCUUCCAGCGGCUGCAGGCGGCAGAGGUGCCCGGCGAGAUGAUUAAGCGGAUAUUCGUGGACCUGGUCAUUGCAGCAGGAGACACGACCGCUUUCAGCAGCCAGUGGGCAUUGUACGCCCUCUCCCGGGAGCCGCUGCUCCAGAAACGCCUGGCCAAGGAGCGCGCCACCAAUGGCUCGCAACUGAUGCAUGGCCUAAUCAAGGAGUCUCUGCGUUUGUAUCCCGUGGCUCCCUUCAUUGGUCGCACCCUGCCUCAGGAUGCGGAACUGGGCGGUCACUUUAUCAAGAAAGAUACAUUGGUGCUGCUCUCCCUGUACACGGCCGGACGCGAUGCCUCACACUUCACCCAGCCUGAGCGGGUGCUGCCAGAACGCUGGUGUAUAGGCCAAUCCGAGCAGAGGCAUCAGUCGCACGGCAGCCUGCCCUUUGCCAUCGGCCAGCGAUCUUGUAUCGGCCGCCGGGUGGCGCUCAAGCAGCUCCACUCCCUGCUGGGCCGCUGUGCCGCCCAGUUCGAGAUGAGCUGCCUCAACCAACAGCCCGUCGACAGUGUACUGCGCAUGGUCACCGUGCCCGAUCAGACCUUGCGACUGGCCCUCCGGCCGCGAACCGAGUGAUACGCAUAAACUUAAUCCUAAUAUAUAAAACUAAUCCUAAUUGUAAU